AUGCUUGAUGAAACGAAUGUAUUGGUCAAGACCUUUAGGCGAAUUAGACAGGACCUGCAGCAUUCAUCCACUCCAAAUCUCCGGCUUAGGAUUUUUGGGAUGGAAAGCAGAAAUCGACAAUAUGAUCUGCCUACAAGUAGUGACGUGGCUGGACUCAAGAGAAUUUCAAGUGUUAACCCCAAAUUUGAAGCGCUUCAUUUUCCAUUGUUAUUCCCAUAUGGAGAAGAUGGAUAUCAUCCCUUGAUACCGUAUGAUCAUAGGUACUGUUCAGUUUCAGCUAAACGGAGGUUUGUUACUCAGCGGGAGUAUUAUGCAUUUCGACUGCAAUAUCGCAUGAAUGAAGGACACACGCUGGUCAAGAGUGGGAAGGCUCUUCAACAUUACUGCGUCGAUGCAUUCUCAACAAUUGAACUAAAUCGACUUGCCUUUUUACGAAGCAAUCAAAAGGAGCUUAGGGCUGAAGUUUAUCAGGCUGAUAAGUUAGGACAUGUCAUCAUACCUUCUUCGUACACUGGUGGUCCGCGGUACAUGCAGCAACUAUACUAUGAUGCAAUGGCAAUAUGUCAGUUCUUUGGAAAUCCCGAUUUAUUCAUUACAUUCACAUACAAACCUAUGGUGGUCUGCCGAGUGUUCCAUGUCAAGCUGAACAUGCUGAUUGAUGAAAUCCGAAGAAAAAAUUACUUUGGCAGGACUUUAGCAACGGAAAUUCCUGAUCCACAUCUUGAUCCUGUUGGAUAUGAAGCAGUCGUCAAGUUUAUGCUCCAUGGACCAUGUGGGAGUGCAAACUCAACAGCACCUUGCAUGAAAGAUGGGAAGUGUUCUAAAUUCUUUCCAAAAGAAUUCAAUUCAGAGACAUCGUUUGAUAAAUUUGGAAAUGCCAUUUACAGACGUCGAGAUACUGGAAUUCAGGUGGCAAAGGGUGAUGCAAUUCUUGAUAACAGACAUGUAGUUCCUUACAAUAGGAAUUUGUUGGUUCUGUUGCAGGCACACAUAAAUGUUGAGAUAUGCCAUAGAGGAGCUCUUAUUAAAUAUCUUUUCAAAUACUUAACCAAGGGACCAGAUAGGCAAUCAAGUGUUCGCAAUGUCCUUAGGAACCCAAAAGCUGGAAAGACACACCUCACACAGUGGUUUGCUUUGAAUAGAAGAGAUCCAGAAGCAAGGAAGCUAACUUAUGCACAAAUACCGAAUGCAUACACAUGGAGUGCAGAUGAAAAUGAGUGGACUGUUCGUAAGAAAGGAUUUGCUGUCGGCAGAAUUGCAUAUGUUCCUCCUGGAAGUGGCGAUGUCUUUUUUUUAAGACUCAUGCUGACAAAAGUUCCUGGGGCAAGAAGUUACAUUGCUUUGAGAACUAUCAAUGGAGAAAUCUGCCCAAGUUAUGAAAAAGCAUGUGAAAAGUUGGGACUUUUAUCCGACUCUUCAGAAUGGAUUCGAGUUCUACAGGAAAUCUCUGCUUCUAGCAUGCCAAAUUUAAUAAGAAGUACAUUUGUGUGUAUGUUGAUGUUUUGUGAGAUACCAAGUCCUCUGGAAUUGUUUGAAUCAAGCUGGAGAUUCAUGGCUGAAGAUCAUUCUCACUCUCUUAGAAAACAACUUCAUUCAUCAACUUUUCAGCCCUCUGAGGAAAGACUGCGUAAUUGGGUUCUCCAUCAACUAGAAGCUUUGCUGGGAUCCUAUUCAUCAUCACUUGAACAAUUUAACCUGCCAAAACCAACAGACUCGGCUGCAGAUGAUGGAACAAAUUCAUUACUCAAUGACCAUUUGAAUUUUAAUGUGCUGCAGCAACAAGAGCUAUCAGAUUCGCUGCUACGAUCAUUAAACCCAGGUCAGUUUGAAGCCUACUCAGCAAUUAUGCUUUCAAUUCAUGCAAAUUUGGGGCAAUCUUUCUUUUUGUAUGGCCACGGAGGUACUGGAAAGACUUUCCUAUAUAAUACCAUCAUUGCAAAGCUGAGAAGCAUCUCGAAAGUUGUGAUUGUUGUAGCUUCAUCAGGAAUUGCAGCUACUCUUCUGCCAAAUGCUACAACAGCUCAUUCGAGAUUCAAAAUCCCACUUCAUUUGGACAACACAUCAACUUGCUCAGUUAAAAAAGGAACCCACCUAGCUGAACUGAUACAGAAAGCAGCACUGAUUGUAUGGGAUGAAGCACCGAUGACGCAUAGGCAAGCAUUUGAGGCUGUGAAUAGAACCAUGUGUGAUUUGAUGAAUAUACCUUUGGUGGGAUCAGGGCAUAAGCUGUUUGGGGGGAAAACCGUGUUGUUUGGGGGGGAUUUUAGGCAAACUCUGCCUGUCAUUCCAGAUUCUGGUCGAGAGCAAACAGUUGAUGCCUCACUAACAAGAGCUGGCAUAUGGAAUUCAUUCACUCUUCUCAGACUGUCAAGGAACAUGAGGGUCAACAACUCAUUAGUAAAUGAAUCAAUUAUUGCUCAUGGAUACGCAUUUGGGGAAUGGGUUCUUGCACUUGGUGAUGGAAGACUCCCAGGAAAACGUUUCAAAGAUGACACACCUGCUGACUGGAUUGAAAUUCCUGAUACAUUUUUGGUGCAGCCCAAAGUCAAUCCAAUCACCUCCAUUGCAGAAGAGAUUUAUGAGAACUUUGCUGAUUGCUACAGGAGCACAGAAUACCUCACCUGCAGAGCUAUUGUCACCCCAAAAAAUGUCAAGGUCAGUGAAAUAAAUGACUAUAUGCUUCAGCAAGUACCAGGGCUGGCUCGGUCUUAUUAUAGCUCAGAUUCUAUGCAGCGUGAUACAGAGAUACCAGAGAACUUUGGUGAAACUUAUCCAAUCGAAUUUUUAAAUGCAUUGACAUUCAAUGGUGUACCAGAUCAUGAGUUAAAGCUGAAAAUUCACACCCCUGUCAUGUUGCUUAGAAAUUUAAGUACAUCUGCUGGAUUAUGCAACGGAACAAGGAUUAUGAUUACUGAAUUGGGUGACAACAUUAUCAAGGGGGUUAUUAUGGGUGGCACUUUUGACAAAGAUGUUGUUAUUAUACCAAGAAUUGUAUUGAAUGUGGAAGACAAGAGAUGGCCAUUUAUACUUAAGAGGCGUCAGUUUCCCAUACGUCUUUGUUAUGCAAUGACGAUAAACAAGAGUCAAGGCCAAACACUUGCGAAGGUUGGGGUUUAUUUGCCAGAACCUGUGUUUAGUCAUGGCCAGUUAUAUGUGGCUGUUUCUAGAGUCAAAUCAGCUGAUGGUCUACGAUUUUUGAUAUCUAAUAUCGAUGGCAUUCCAGACAACUACACCAGGAACAUUGUGUUUGCAGAAGCUUUUGAGGACAUCAACACAGACAGAGCUAUCGUUUCAAGAAAAUAG